AAAAAUCGAAAUCGCGGCCCUGGGGUUCAAGGAAGGAACAAACCCCACCGAUAGGGUUUAACAAGAAGGUUAGGAGAGCAGCCGCCGUCCCGGAGGCCGGAGUCCCUCGCCGCCGAAACCCCCUCCUCCCUCCGCUCCCGCCAAAUCACCCCUGCUACGACCGAAAUCCCUUUCACUCGCACCGGCGGCGUGGCCCGGACGCGAAUCCCCUCUUGCCGGCGGCGUGGUCCGGACGCGAUUCCUCUCGCCGUGCCCGUGGUCUGUAGCAGGGGACUUGUGCGAUGGCUUUUGCUAGUAGGAUGGGGAUUGUGCUGAGGAGGGCCUCCGGGUCCUCGAAUUCGUCGCUGCUCCAGGCAGUAAGGUGCAUGUCUUCUUCCAAGCUUUUUGUUGGAGGACUAUCAUAUGCCACAGAUGACCCAACUCUCAGGGAUGCCUUUUCUGGCUAUGGGGACGUCAUUGAAGCUAGAAUCAUCAUGGACAGGGAGUCUGGCAGGUCAAAGGGAUUUGGAUUUGUUACUUAUGCAUCCACCGAAGCUGCCGCGGCUGCCAUUAGUGCCAUGGAUGGCAAGGACCUUCACGGACGAAUGAUAAAGGUAGGCUACGCCAGUGACCGUGCUGGUGGGACACGUGGAGGUGGAUACGGCACUGGUAAUUAUGGAAGUGGCGGAUAUGGCGGCGCGGGAUAUGGAAGCGGUGGCGGUGGAUAUGCUGGCAAUGGUGGUGGUUACAGAAGUGGCGGAUAUGUCAGCACGGGAUAUGGAAGUGGUGGUGGUGGAUAUGUGGGCAAUGGUGCUGAUUAUGGAAGUGCAGGGCAUGCCAGUGGUGGUGGAUAUGGUAAUGCGGGAUAUGGUGGUUACAGUGGUGCUGCAGGCGGCGGCGAGUAUUCUAGCAUGAACAACAAUGCUGUUGCUGGUGGCUAUGGCGGUGGUGACGGAAGCUACAAUAAUGCCAGCAACUCGGGCGGAAGUGGUGGUAGCUAUGGUAGUGGUGGUGGAAUCUACAAUAAUGCGAGCAACUCUGGUGGAAGUUCUGGUGGCUAUGGCGGCGGUGGCGGAAGCUACAAUAAUGCCAGCAACUCGGGCGGAAGUACUGGUGGCUAUGGUGGUGGUGGCGGAAUCUACAAUAAUGCCAGCAACUCAGGUGGAAGUGCUGGUGGCUAUGGUGGUGGUGGCGGAAUCUACAAUAAUGCCAGCAACUCGGGUGGAAGUGCUGGUGGCUACGGCGGCGGUGGCGGAAGCUACAAUAAUGCCAGCAACUCGGGUGGAAGUGCUGGUGUCUACGGCGGCGGUGGCGGAAGCUACAAUAAUGCCAGCAACUCGGGUGGAAGUGCUGGUGGCUACGGCGGCGGUGGCGGAAGCUACAAUAAUGCCAACAAUUCGGCUGGAAGUGCUGGUAGCUACGGCGGUGGUGGUGGAAGCUACAAUAAUGCCAGCAAUUUGGGUGGAAGUGCUGGUAGCUACGGCGGCGCUGGUGGGUACAGUUUCCCCAACACAUAUGGCGUGGGCAAUUACAACAGCGGAGCUGGCGGCAAUGCAGUCUUCGGCGAAAAGACCGGCAGUUUCAGUAGUGGGCAUUCUGCUGUUGCUGGUGGCAACAACGGCAGCGCUGGUGGGAACAAUUUCCCCAACACGUAUGGUGCCGGCAACUACAACAGCGGAGCUGGCGGCAAUGCAGUCUUCGGCGAAAAGACCGGCAGUUUCAGCAGUGGGCAUUCUGCUGUUGCUGGUGGCAACAACGGCAGCGCUGGUGGGAACAAUUUCCCCAACACAUAUGGUGCAGGCAACUACAACAGUGGAGCUGGCGGCAAUGCAGUCUUCGGCGAAAAGACCGACAGUUUCAAUUCUGCUGUUGCUGGUGGCGACAACGGCGUCAACAGCGCUGGUGGGUACAAUUCUCCCAACACCUAUGGUGCCGGCAACUACAACAGUGGAGCUGGCGGCAAUGCAGCCUUUGGCGAAAGCACUGGCCGUUUCAGCAGCGGGAAUUCUGCUGUUGCUGGUGGCGACAACGGCAUCAACAGCGCUGGUGGGUACAAUUCUCCCAACACCUAUGGUGCCGGCAACUACAACAGUGGAGCUGGCGGCAAUGCAGCCUUUGGCGAAAGCACUGGCCGUUUCAGCAGCGGGAAUUCUGCUGUUGCUGGUGGCGACAACGGCGUCAACAGCGCUGGUGGGUACAAUUCUCCCAACACCUAUGGUGCCGGCAACUACAACAGUGGAGCUGGCGGCAAUGCAGCCUUUGGCGAAAGCACUGGCCGUUUCAGCAGCGGGAAUUCUGCUGUUGCUGGUGGCGACAACGGCGUCAACAGCGCUGGUGGGUACAAUUCUCCCAACACCUAUGGUGCCGGCAACUACAACAGUGGAGCUGGCGGCAAUGCAGCCUUUGGCGAAAGCACUGGCCGUUUCAGCAGCGGGAAUUCUGCUGUUGCUGGUGGCGACAACGGCGUCAACAGCGCUCGUGGGUACAAUUCUCCCAACACCUAUGGCGCCGGCAACUACAACAGUGGAGCUGGUGGCAACAACAGCGGCAACUUUGCUGGAAAUGUGAGCGGCAUCGGCAACUUUACUGGCAGCCGCAAUGGCAGCAGCUAUGCCGGAGGAUUUGGCAGCGCCGAGACCCUUGGAGCUAGCAAGGUGCAGUACAACGGCCAAGACGACCUGCUGGGUGCUGACUACUUCUCCGAGUCGGAGGACCGUCAUGCGGGCAGGUCAGCGUAACUUUAGUGUCGCGGAACAUCUUGAGAUGCAAAGGUAACAAUGAUGAAUGCCUGGCGGGUGCUUUUUGUUAGAGAAAACCCAAAGCUUGAUGAUGCCUCUGGAGUAGGUUAUUAUUAGGUAAGAAGAAUUGCUUAGUUUUUCUGCUUUGCUUUUGCAUGCUAUUUUGAGGCGAGAACAGUUAUGGUGAUGCUUCUGGCUACGAUUACUGUUUUUUAUCGUGUAUAUUGAGAUGGAAAAUGGCUGUUUAGCGUGUUGAUUAGGCUGUGUGUUCAGCCUGUUCAUCCUACUGCGUGACAAUGUAAGUAUCAUUGCUCAAAGUGAAAUCCGCUGUAACUCUAAA